GCUAUGCCUCACCCAGAAUCGGCACGCGGGGUGCCGUCGCGAUCGGUCACGCCGCACCGACGAUCGCGGGGAUUCGCGAUGUAGCCCCCUCCCGCCUCACCCCGUCACCUACUCCCGUUGCUGUCGUUGCUGCCGCCGCUGCCGCUCCGCCGCUGCUCCGCCGCCGCUCUCCUCAUCUCUCAACCCCUGUGCUCGAGCUCGAGGAAGAAGCAAGCACCGUAUCUCGCGUCUCGUCGCAACACCCCGGUCACAUCGAUGCGUCGUCACUCGACGUCAACGGGCACUCGCGUAACGACGCUCACGGAUCCUGACCGCCGCGUCGAGUCACCUGCGAUUACGUGUACCACGCCGUUGUCAUCGUCGUUGACGUCGCCGUCAUCGUCGUCAUCGUCGUUGUCUCCCGUAAGAAGUGCCUUCUCUCGAUCAGCCGUGCGAGCCUCCCGGGGGAGGCGACGACCGUGCACGUCUCACCUGACACGGCGGUAAAACGCGAUCGUCUUAUCGAUACACACCUUUGUCUAAUCCUGCCUACUGCUUCGAGAAGCGAACUAUCGACUAGUUGAAAGGAAAAUGCAUUGCUGAGACAGCGCGAAAAAGAGAAGGGAGAUUGUUGUUUGAGUGACAAUCCUCGAUACAUAACCUAGAAGGCAAAAUGUCUCAAUUAAACAUCAGCACGGGCAAAAGAGGACGGGGUGUCGCGAGCACCUCUGCCUCGACCGUAUCGGCCCUGAGCAGCUCCACCGACCUGGCGAGCCUCUUCGAGUGUCCCGUUUGUUUUGAUUAUGUGCUUCCACCUAUUCUGCAAUGUCAAAGUGGACAUUUGGUGUGUACAAAUUGCAGACCAAAACUUUCCUGUUGUCCUACGUGUAGAGGUCCAUUGGGUAACAUCCGUAAUUUGGCUAUGGAAAAGGUGGCGAGUAACGUGAUGUUUCCUUGCAAGUACUCCACUAGUGGCUGCACUGUUUCGCUGGUGCAUACGGAGAAGGCAGAUCAUGAGGAUGCAUGCGAGUUCCGUCCAUACAGCUGUCCCUGCCCAGGUGCGUCCUGUAAAUGGCAAGGAUCAUUGGAGCAAGUGAUGCCACAUCUUAUCAUGAGCCACAAGAGUAUUACGACUUUACAAGGCGAAGACAUUGUUUUUUUAGCAACUGACAUUAAUCUUCCUGGAGCUGUAGAUUGGGUCAUGAUGCAAUCUUGCUUCGGCCAUCACUUUAUGUUGGUACUUGAGAAACAAGAAAAAUAUGAUGGACAUCAACAGUUUUUUGCAAUUGUACAAUUAAUCGGUUCCAGGAAGCAAGCAGAAAAUUUUGCUUAUAGACUAGAACUAAAUGGGCAUAGAAGACGUCUCACAUGGGAAGCAAUGCCGCGUUCGAUUCACGAGGGUGUGUCAUCUGCGAUUUUAAAUUCUGACUGCCUUGUAUUUGACACAUCCAUCGCGCAGUUAUUCGCUGACAAUGGAAACCUAGGAAUUAACGUAACAAUAUCUAUGGCCUGAGGAAAGCCAGAAAAAGCAGUGUAAGAAGAAGAGACAUCAGUAUCCAGACAUAUCGUGCAGUCCUCGAGAUUGUGAGUGCGGUAAAGUACUCAGAUGGGGCUGCCCGUUAUGCACAAAAAAUAGUUCUUUUUACGUUACCAGAUAGAUAGCAAUACAGAGACGUUAGGGAAAUGUUUCGAGUAUGUUGACGAUAUGCAGCACUUGAAUGCUCAGUGCAGAAUUAUUAAAGUGCAAAAGCUUUAAAGUAUACUUGGAUGUUAUAUCGAUAUAACAUGCCAUGUUGACAUCACAGAUAAAUAUAAUAAAUAUCCUUUUGAGAUAUCCAUGCUGUAACUUUAGAGCUUUGAUACUGAGCCUGAUAUCGAAUUCCGAAAGAACCAAGUACCUGAUAUCCGCGCUAUUGUCAUAUUACUCUUACUCAUUUCGUAUCAAACUUUCAUUCAUCUCUUUAAAGAGAUAUAAUACAUUGUAAAUUCUCUUGACAUAUUUUUUUGUUUGUGUUUUAAUACUUCUGGACUUGAUAUGGCAAAUAUAAAGACUAUUAUAUGAGGUUAACUUCAUAAAUUCACUAUGAAUCUCAUUCUCAAUUAUCUCUUACUCAAUUACUGCAUUUCAUUUUCCACUGAUAUACAUUUUUAUAUUUACUGUUCUUUCUUAAAUUUAUUUUCUUCGAACUUCUAAAAUCAUCAUACUUUCUUCUACUUUUUAUUUCAUUAGAGUAUGCAUAUGUUUUGUAUAUAACGCGAUAAAUUUUGGUUUUUGUAGUUAACGUAACUGUUUUCUUAUUCUAUAUUAUGAUGACACAUAUGAUACCAUGCUUUUUGUAUGUGCAACUUUUACAUACAAAUAGCGGUAAAAGGCAGAUCAACUUUUCAUGAUCUAGUCUGAGUGUCGAAUCGAGAUGCUAAUAUUUUUUACAAUAGUUGUAUUAACAUGGUGUGGAGCAAUGUUCAAUUGCAGCAAAGUUCCUGUAAGCAAGAUUAAAAAGGAAGUUAAAAAUGACUGAAGCAAUGAUAAUAA